CUUCCGCCUGACGUAAGCCUCCUCUCCGGGCUGGCCAAUCCUCGCGCGGAUUGGAUUUCUUCACAGAGUCAUCACUUGACUCCGACCGUGUCAUCUCCGGGCUAUUUCCUCGUACCGAUUCGAUGUUUUGACGUGUCUAACUUUGACCCGAGUCACAGAUAUCCGCUCUGGGACACAGUUAACGUGCUCGACGUUAGCCGUUCCCGGUAAAGAAGAAGAAUGUCGGAUUUCGACAGCAACCCCUUCGCGGGCCCGGAGCUGAACAGCCCGUUUCAGGAUCCAUCAGUAACAAAAGUCAGACAGACCACAGCUGCAGGGUUGGAGGAGUACAAUCCCUUCACAGAUGCUAAACCAACGCCUGCGGGGACGGCCCCCAGAACCACGGGCCCUGCUGUCAGCACGCAGCCCGCCAUCAUGAAGCCGUCGGAUGAGCCGCCGGCGUACUCGCAGCCUCAGGGCCAGGAGGCGACGCGAGCAGCUGCAGAGCUGCUGAGGAGGCAGGAGGAGCUGGAGAGGAAGGCGGCAGAGCUGGACCGCCGGGAGAGAGAGAUGCAGACGCUCAGCGCCUCAGGAGGCAGGAAGAACAACUGGCCCCCCCUUCCAGAAAACCUCCCGGUGGCUCCGUGUUUCUACCACGACAUCAGCGUGGACAUCCCCGUGGAGUUCCAGAAGAUUGUCAAAAUCAUGUACUACCUCUGGAUGUUUCACACUGGGACGCUGCUGGCCAACCUCAUCGCCUGUCUGUCCUGGUUCUGUGUGGACGCGACGCAUGGAGUGGACUUCGGCCUGUCCAUCCUCUGGUUUUUGCUCUUCACGCCGUGCUCGUUCGUCUGCUGGUACAGGCCGCUGUACGGAGCGUUCAGGAGCGACAGCUCUUUUAGGUUCUUUGUUUUCUUCUUCGUGUACGUCUGCCAGUUUGGCAUCUACGUCAUCCAGUGUAUUGGGAUCAGCGGUUGGGGCGCAAGCGGCUGGAUCUCUGCACUGAUGGGUUUGAACACGAGCAUCCCUGUGGGCAUCAUCAUGAUCCUGGUGGCAGCCCUCUUCACCUCCCUGGCUGUCAUGUCUCUCAUCAUGUUUAAGAAGAUCCACGCCCUGUACCGCACCACGGGCGCCAGCUUCGAGAAGGCCCAGCAGGAGUUCGCCACAGGCGUCAUGUCCAAUAAAACCGUCCAGACGGCGGCGGCCACUGCCGCCACCACGGCCGCUCAGGGGGCUUUCAAGGAGCAGAUCUGAUUUGUUCAGGUCUUUAACACCACCCCCCCCCUCCCUUUGAAACGCAUGGACAUCCCCCCCCAGCCUCCAAGCAACACCAAGGUGGUUCCAGUUGGUCAGUUAUUUAAUUCUUUUAUUCCCAAGUUGAGCGCAAAGCCAGUGCGGGGCGCUGUGGAGACCACGCCUCCCUCCGCCGGCGUGCUCUCCUCUGUGUGUACCUGUGUGCAUGUGUGUGGCCAACCUCCUGAAUGUCUGUGUGCCUUUCCUGACGGUUUCCCCUGAGGUGCUUCUUCCUGCUUGAUAAAAUAUUUGAUUCCUGUUGAUCUCAGCGGAACUCUGCUGACCCCUAGUGGAGAGAGCCUGUAUCUCUGAAGGUAAAUGCUGUGCAUUUCAGUUUCAAUGCCUUGCUUUCUAAUCAACAUUUUCCAGAAUCAGGUCAGUAAAGGUUUGUCUUAAUUGACCUUAAGUGCUGCUCAACAUAAUUCAGAAAAAAAUCAGAGGGAUAUAAUUUAUCAAAUAUUCUCAAUCAUCAUCUUAAAGCUUGUUAAUCUUAAUUUCAGGGUGAAAUUCUGCUCAUUUAGUCUGUAAUCUCAGGCUAGAAUUGGGUUUCUAAAAAUGAUUAUUUUUUUAUUCUUAAAGGAAAGAAUUGGAUAAAAGCUUCCUCCAGAUAUUAACGCUCAGAAACUGUAUAUUUUGACAAACAAAUCCAUGUUUUUGCGUGUAUUUAUCUGCUUUUUCUAUUUAUUAAACGGCUAACAAACUGCACUUUAAAUCUGCUUUCUUUUCUGUGUCAUCGACGGCCUUUUCUUUGGUGGUUUCAUCAUAUUUCUUGACGCCUGCUGAACUCGGCUCACAACUUUUAUGGCAUAAAAUGAGAAUGUAGCUGUUAUGGAAAAUGAUCUUUCCUCGGCUAAAGAACGGCUUCUGUCGUCGGUGUUGGGGCUUCAUUCAGGACGCUCCUCGCUCGUUUUGGAAAAUGAUUUUAGAAGAACGGGACGCCUGUCUGGGGAUAAACGCUCAAUCAGUGCUGACUUUUGCUUUAUACUUCCUCAAGUUUGACCUCUGUUAAAGAGACAGACGGCGUCCUCUUGGUGUCCUCAUUUGUCUCUAAAUCCCUGGAGGGUUUUUGGCUUUUUCGGUUCUAUCUGGCUCCUUCCUUCAUGCUUUUCUGCAUUUUUUUUCCUUUAAUUUUUCCUUCCCGUCUUUUAAAGUUUGGAUCUGUACGUGCACGUCUGACCGUGCAGAACCCAGAAGUGCAGUGUGAAGUAUAAGGUACUGUAUGUGAGCCUUCUGUGCUUGAUAAUCAAGACGUUUGGUAGAAAAACACUGAAAAAAUUUGAAGGAAAUAAGAGUUCUUUGUAUAUCUUGUAUAAUUUAAAGAUUGUUUGGUUUUGUUUUUUUUUUAAAUAUGGUUCCACCUUCCGUUGCUUGUCUGUAGUUUGAGUUUUGUAUAUUUAUUGCAUUAACAGUUAAUAAAGCUCUUCUUCUGUA